AUGCAUCAUCUAGCAAGAUAUCGCUGGUUCUCUCUGCUUGUACUAGGCUUCGCUAUGGUCUCUCCUGUUCGAGGAUCAUCAAUGAAUGGCCGGCAUAGCUUUUCCUUAACAACCUUUGACCCAACUGGGAAACUUGGACAAGUGGAACGAGCCAUGGAAGCUGCCGCCAUGGGAACACCCAUUGUGGCGAUUAUCAAUGAGAAAACCAAUGGAAUCCUGCUGGCAGCUCCACAAAUACUUCCCUCAGUCUUUAUGGUCGACGAUGGGACUGCCAGAUUUUCAUCGGUGGCUCCUCACAUUGCCAUGACGCAUUCUGGGAUUUCCGCCGAUGGUCGGGUACUGAUAGCGGCAGCACAACGGCUCGCCGUGGAACAUUCUUAUACAUUUGAAGAAGCUAUUCCAAUUGAUUUAUUGCUGGAAGAAAUGUCGCUGUUGCUUCAAGAGUAUACUAUGAAACCGGGCUCGCGACCAUUUGGAUCCACUCUGUUGGUAGCUCAUCUACCGUCAGCAGUUUCUGGCAGCGAUCCGGACCAAAAACCACAACUCUUUCGAAUAGACCCAUCUGGAUCCGUUACGCUUCUAGAAGAUGGCGUCGCUGUGAUUAACGGCAAAGUUUCGGAGGACACGAAGUCCAAAUUGAAAGAACUCGCCUCGCAAUCAACGACGUCAAAGAAGAUUGGUGGUGAUGAUCUCAAGCAACUCUGUGACAUUUUGCAAGACUCCAUUUCACCCAAAGUGUUUGGAAAGAUGGAUGCCGAGACAGUUCAGUUACCAUCAUGUACGCUAGGGGUAUCAUUUACACCCAAAAACGGUUUGAGAAUACAGAGAUAUUGA